CCCGGAUGGCGGUCGCGGCGGCAGGGGCAGGGGCUGGGGCCGGCGCGGCCGCCACUGACGGGUAGUCCGGCGCCCACAGCAGUGCCACCUGCCGGGAAUGACCUGUCCUCCUUUCACUCUUCCCCCUGGCUCCUCAGCUGCAGUCUCUCCCGCCUCCUCGCUGUUCCUGGGAUACGCCACGCUCAGUCCAGACUCGGGGCCUUUGCACUGGCUGUGUCCCCUGCCUGUGAUGUCAUUCUUCUCUGCCUGGUCAACUCCUACCUUUGUUCAAGUCUGGACCCUGUCAUCGGCUCCUCAGGAAGGCACUCCGGGACCCCCAGAUGGGGGUGGUUCCCUGUGACUCCUGGCACGGAGCCCAACCCCUUCCUUGUUCAAUGGUUCCUUGAGGGACCAUUCCCAUGUGAUUAUCGACCAUUUGGCAGGCGUUGUUCAAAGUCAAGGGCCCCACACUGAGUCCUGGCCCAGCGCCCUGCGCCUGUUCGUUGCUGGAGGGACAGACAGGGGGCGUGCGGCGGACCAUCCUGUGCCCGCAGGCUGAGGAUGCAGCGCUGGAAGGCGGCAGCCUUGGCCUCAGUGCUCUGCAGCUCCGUGCUGUCCAUCUGGAUGUGUCGAGAGGGCCUGCUUCUCAGCCACCGCCUCGGACCCGCGCUGGUCCCACUGCGCCGCCUGCCUCGAACCCUGGACACCCGGAUUGCCCGCCUGGCCCAGUACCGUGCACUGCUGCAGGGCGCCCCGGAUGCGGUGGAGCUGCGCGAGCUGACGCCCUGGGCUGGGCGACCCCCAGGUCCGCGCCGUCGGGCGGUGCUCCGGCGGCGGCGCGCGCGUGCGCGCUCUGGGGCGCGGCCGUGCGGGCUGCGCGAGCUGGAGGUGCGCGUGAGCGAGCUGGGCCUGGGCUACGCGUCCGACGAGACGGUGUUGUUCCGCUACUGCGCAGGCGCCUGCGAGGCCGCCGCGCGCGUCUACGACCUCGGGCUGCGUCGCCUGCGCCAGCGGCGGCGCCUGCGGCGGGAGCGGGUGCGCGCGCAGCCCUGCUGCCGCCCGACGGCCUACGAGGACGAGGUGUCCUUCCUGGACGCGCACAGCCGCUACCACACGGUGCACGAGCUGUCGGCGCGCGAGUGCGCCUGCGUGUGACCCUACCUCACCCGGCCGGCGCGGCGGCCAUUCUCCCCGCCCCGACGGCACCACCGGCCGGCCCCGCGACAGACUGCGCGUGCGUAGAGCACGCCGGCGCGGCCCCGGGACUCUCGCGAUAACUGUACUGAGAUAAAGUGUGGGAACUCGAA